GUUCGGUAUAGAUUCACAGUGAUUCGAUUUCCCCCCCACAAUAACGUAUUUACAUGUAUAAUUCUACCAACGGCGAAUACCGAUGUGAUGGCAUAUUUGUACUAUUCUUUUUACAUAUACUAGCAAAGGAAAGCCGAUAAACAUAGAAUUUCAUUCAGUCACACGAACGUACAAACGAAUCCGAAUCCACAUUCGAAAGCGAGACUAACAUCGGCGUCAGCGUUGUUUGAAAAUGGCGGCUGGUCCGAUAUCCGAAAGAAACCAAGAUGCUACCGUUUAUGUUGGUGGUUUAGAUGAAAAAGUCUCUGAAGCACUAUUAUGGGAGCUGUUUUUACAGUCAGGUCCCGUCGUUAAUACCCAUAUGCCUAAAGACAGGGUAACACAACAGCACCAAGGCUAUGGUUUUGUGGAGUUUUUAGGUGAAGAAGAUGCCGACUAUGCAAUCAAAAUUAUGAAUAUGAUAAAAAUAUAUGGUAAACCGAUACGAGUGAAUAAGGCAUCAGCACAUCAAAAGAAUUUAGAUGUUGGAGCGAAUAUAUUUAUUGGAAAUUUAGACCCAGAAAUAGACGAGAAGUUGUUGUACGAUACAUUUAGUGCAUUUGGUGUAAUAUUACAGACGCCUAAGAUUAUGAGAGACCCUGAGUCCGGUAACUCAAAGGGAUAUGCCUUUAUUAAUUUUGCAAGUUUUGAUGCGUCUGACGCCGCCAUUGAAGCCAUGAAUGGACAGUACUUGUGUAAUCGACCAAUCACAAUCUCUUAUGCUUUUAAAAAAGAUUCCAAAGGAGAAAGACAUGGCUCUGCUGCUGAGAGACUCCUGGCUGCACAGAAUCCACUUUCACAAAUGGAUCGUCCUCAUCAACUUUUUGCCGAUGCACCACCAUCGUCUCAACCAGACUCAGACUCUGUGCCGAGUACAACAACAUCAAUGCUGUCGCAACCCCCUCCUCCAGGAAUGCCUCAUCGUCCAAGUGGACCACCAACCUCUAUGCCACCAAUGGGGAUGCCCCCUCCACCUCCAGGUCAUGGUGGUUUACCACCUCCUCCAGUACCCCCACCAGGUAUGCCUCCUCCGGGUAUGCCUCCACCACCCAUGGGUCUUCCUCCUCUACCUCCGGCAUUGAUGCCGCCGGGCACCACCUCAGGAUCAGACUUACAGACAUCACAGGAACAAAGGAUGAUGUUUCCACCUCCAAUGGGACCACCACCUCCAGGUAUGCCACCCCCGGGCAUGUUUCCCCCUCCUCCUCACAUGAGAGGACCGUUUGAUGGAUCAAUGCCACCAAGACCUCCUCAAUUCAAUGGACCUCCGCGUGGUGGAAUGCGUCCAGGAAUGAGACCCCCACCUCCACCUAGAUCAUUCCGACCAGCAGCGCCACCACCACCACCGCCAAGACAAUGAAGAUGACCAUCAAGACAGGAGCCUUUCGCCACAAGAAAAUCUGGAUCCAUGAUAUUUUACUGCCACCUACGUAAAUCAUAUUUGGAUGCGCUGACCUGUCACAUGUAAACAAUACCUAGACAGACACAUGGAAAUCAUUUCUGGCAAUAUCAAUAUCCUUAAGCACUGUAUCUAUACUAAUUCAAGCAUUGGACUAAAGUGAAAGGCCAACAUUUAGUUUUACUGUGGCUGUAAGAAAGAAUGGAUUGGCAAUAUUGCAGUAUGAGACACUGUUUUUGGUAAUGGUGUAGCUGUAUUGCUUACAAUGUAGCCAUUGCGUCCUGGGGCGAUACUUUGUGUAACCCAGCUAUUUUGUUAGGAAAACAAUUUCUCACACUGCGAUGUUGGCGAUCUUUCUUGCGGUCACAGUAAAAUUGACGUCUCUAGCAGUUUAGCGAUAUUUCACCAUGGUAACAAAAAAUAUACUUGGUAAUGUGCUUUAGUUUUAAUUUUGUAGAAUUUUAAAGUUUAUAUAUUAAACAGACUGGGAAAUUCCAUUUUUUUUGUUCUCACAACCAGGAAAUUAAUAAUUUUGAAAAGUAUGAAAUACUUUUCAUGGUGAUAACAGGUUUUUCCCAUUCACGCUUGUCACUAUAUGAACAUAGUAUUUUUAUCAGCGCCAGCAACUAAAAAAAAAUGUUUUAAAAAUGACGCCUAAAUACCAAUCUUCACUGUAUGCCAUGUGAUCUCACUUAUUAUUCCAUGUUUACUUGGGUUGGUUUGUUUACUCGAUAUUCAUUUUUGUCAGAAAAUAAUAUGGCUUAUGGCCCUUUAACUUUGAGUGAACUUUGGAAACGAAAACAGAUUUCAUUACUAUUAAGAAUAUGUCAAGUUAUUUAGUUUAAGUACAAAUGUAUUUAAUAAAUUUCACAAUAAAAGAGUAACUUUGUUUA